AUGUUCUACAUUAAGUUGGCUCUAACAUCUCUCUCUCCGCACGCGUGCUUGUACGCAUGCAUACUUCUUUCUGCUUAAAAAUGUUAUUCAUGGCUGUGGUCACCAUGAUUAAGCAUAUUUAAGGCAAAACUUAGAGACAGAAAAGGAGAGAAACACAGAGAGAGAGAGAGAGAGAGAGAGAGAGAGAGAGAGAGAGAGAGAGAGAGAGAGAGUGCAUGCGGGAAAUUUAUGCAUAAUGGACACCAUGUGGCUUGUGUUAGGAACAUCAAUUUUCUUUUCCACCAUAAUUCUCUACACGAAAAGGUUUAGACUCAGAUCAUCACACAGAAGCACACUUCCUUUAGGCAGUCUUGGAUGGCCUCUUAUCGGGGAAACAAUUGAGUUUGUGUCUUGUGCUUACUCUGACCGCCCCGAGAGCUUCAUGGACAAACGUCGCCGCAUAUAUGGAAAGGUGUUCAAGUCACACAUAUUUGGAAGUCCCACGAUUGUUUCAACGGAUGCAGAAGUGAGUAAAUUUGUUCUACAAAGUGACGCAAAGGCUUUCGUCCCGUCUUACCCCAAAUCGCUCACGGAGUUAAUGGGGAAGUCUUCUAUUUUGCUGAUCAAUGGGAGCUUACAAAGGAGAAUCCAUGGACUCAUAGGAGCCUUCUUCAAGUCGCCACAUCUCAAGGCUCAAAUUACAAGGGACAUGCAAAAGUAUGUUCAAGAAUCAAUGGCAAAUUGGAAAGAUGACCAUCCCAUAUACAUACAAGAUGAAGCCAAAAAUAUUGCCUUUCAAGUACUAGUCAAGGCAUUGAUUAGUUUGGAUCCCGGUGAAGAAAUGGAGCUUCUAAAGAAACAGUUCCAAGAAUUCAUCUCUGGCCUCAUGUCUUUACCCAUAAACAUUCCGGGAACUACGCUCUACGGUUCACUACAGGCAAAGAAGAAAAUGGUUAGUAUAGUAAAAAACAUAAUCCAAGCUAGAAGACAAAGCGUCCUGAUCUCCACGGUUCCAAAAGAUGUAGUAGAUGUGUUGCUCAAUGAUUCAAGUGAACAAUUAACAGACGAUCUAAUAGCAGAUAAUAUGAUUGAUAUGAUGAUACCGGGAGAGGAUUCAGUGCCGGUUCUCAUGACUCUAGCCAUAAAAUACCUCUCGGAUUGCCCCACUGCCCUACAACAGUUAACGUUUUACUCGAUCGUACGUACUUUACUUGGAGCUGUCAGCUGCAUAUAUACAUCCUUUUCGGCGAACCCGGACGAAAACUUGAAGCUGAAAACACUCAAAGCUCAGCUUGGACAGCCUCUGUGUUGGAGUGAUUACUUAUCAUUGCCAUUUACACAGAAUGUGAUUACAGAAACUCUAAGGAUCGGAAAUAUUAUAAUUGGUGUGAUGCGAAAGGCCAUGAAAGACGUUGAGAUAAAAGGGUAUUUGAUACCAAAAGGAUGGUGUUUUUUCGCAUAUUUUAGAUCGGUUCAUCUUGAUGAAAAUCACUAUGACUGGCCUUACAAGUUCAAUCCAUGGAGGUGGCAGGACAAAGACACGAGCACUUGUAACUUUACUCCUUUUGGAGGUGGGCAAAGGCUAUGUCCUGGCCUUGACUUGGCCAGGCUGGAAGCUUCCAUCUUCCUGCACCACUUUGUCACUCAGUUCAGUUGGGUGGCUGAGGAAGACACAGUUGUUAACUUCCCCACAGUGAGAAUGAAGAGGAGGAUGCCAAUAUGGGUCAAGAGGAGAGGGAACCCUUGAGCCAGUUGUUUUGGCUCCCAAAGGGAAAAAUCUCAAGUAACUUCGACACGAUGGUAACCCAAAAUAAUAAUAAAAACAUCAUGCAAGAAGACAAAGAAAUGAAGGAGAGAAAGAGUUGGCUCGGCCACAGAGCCCACACGUGUGGGGCAAUCACAAGCUGACACUUUUGUCCUCUUCCACAUCUACUUGCACAUGAUAUCGACAAUAGGAGUAGAAACUUUUGUAGACCCAAAUUAUUCAACGGUUAUUUUUUUCUCGCUUUUAACUUUUUUUUGUUUUCCCUUUCGUUUUAACUGAGAAAGACAGUUUAAUAUGACAAGAGAUAUCCACCAUUAAAGUGUCUGUACAAUCGAAAUAAAAGUGGAAACCAAGGGAGCUACUUUUGGCUUUUGUUUCUUAGAA